UGAUGAUCGGACGUUUUGAUUUCAUUGUCUAGCUAGGGGAUUCGUCAAGAAAUCUGCUGAAUUCCAGUGGCCGUUGAUGUCCGCAUAAAGAAGACCUGAGGGGUGUAGUCUGACAAAGCGGAGCCCUGGAGGUUGUUGACAUCAUCCUAAAAAGUCUGAUUUUUCUUGAAGACGUCUCACGAGAGCAGUCACAUGAAGGCUGAAUGCUUGUGUGAAUAAACUGACACACUGCAGUUGCUCCUGUGCCGUAUGUUGAGUGUGAAUUUGUAGCUCAUCCAGUGGUGAGGUGUCAUCCGGUGUCUCGCAGCGUCCUGCAGAGGGAUGGAAAAAUGGCUGGAGAAGAGGAGCAUUCAUACUAUGAACUUGCGAUCAGUGUUUACUGCUGAGCAACAGAGAAUCCUGGAGCGCUACUAUGAGAAUGGCAUGACCAAUCAGAGCAAGAGCUGCUUUCAGCUCAUUCUACAGUGCGCUCAAGAGACCAAACUCGACUUCAGUGUUGUUCGAACAUGGGUAGGAAACAAGAGACGGAAGCUGGCAUCUAAAGCAGAUCAUAAUGGAGUCGCUGCUCAAGGUCUGUCCAACCACCAUGUCCUGCCUGCAGCCGCUGGCGCACUCGGUACAGGAUCUGUACUAACGGCAGAGAUGGCGGCUGUAAGGAGUGUUCAGCAUGGCCCCUCUGUGACACACCUUCUCCCUACACAGGUCUCGUGCUCCUCCUCUUCCUCUUCGCCAUCAUCUUCCUUGCCGCUCAGCAGUGGAAGUGGUCCCCAAGUUAACAACCAUGAUGUCAUUUUGACGGGCAUUUACUCUAUGACGCAGAAGGCAAACCACUUUGAUGCUUCCGCUCACAACAGGAUGAAGUCAUUGCCCUUACACACUGAAAUCGAGCUGCCCGUUCACACAGAUGGCACGGCACAUCACACCACCAUUGCGGCCAUGCAACGCAAAGCUCCCGUAUUUCCCACCAGCAGCACGCUCAAAUGCAGCCAGAUACCCUUCACCCCUGGAGAAUCUGUAGGAAUUACGGCCAGUUGGGCAAAGCAAUACAGAACCUCUCAGCCUCAGAUGUGGCCGCAUACUUCACCACAAAAAAACACAGCUGCGCAUCAGAGUCCUCCGAGAACUACUUCAGACAACAGCUCUCAGAUUCAUCAAGUUUUUUCUGUGGCGGCGCUAGGGCAAGUGUCAACACGGGCGCUUGCGCAAACUGGUCACGGCAGAGAGAGGAGUAAAAAGCCUGUCGAUGAGUCACAGAUCUUCUCGAUUGCCAUGGAAACAGGUGACGCUGAUAACGAGUACUCAAGAGAGGAGGAGUUGGCGAAUAUGGGCGCACAGGUACAGAUCAGUAAAGGCGGCAAUAUUAGUUCAGUGGACAGUGGGCAGAGCUCCAGCGCAGGUUUGUCUUCCUUGAUUGACAGUGUGGGAUUAACGGAGAGAAGCCAAUCAGCUGCUGCGGUUAAUGCAUCAAACUCUGCUCCCUUUGGAGAUAAAGGAUGUCAAACCAACAGCUCAUUACUGAUUGGUACAUCCUCACAGGGCAGCUUUCCAUUGCGACUACAAGCACAGACAUCUUCUAGAAUGCCCAGUUUCAAGGUAACCAGUAAUAUGUCAGUGCCCUGGCUUCACAGCAACUCCCGGAAAAGAACUAUGCAGGACAGGACUCAGUUUAGUGACAGAGAUGUGUUCAUGAUGAAGAGAUACUGGGACAAUGGCAUGACAAGUCUAGGCUCUUUGUGCCGAGAAAAGAUUGCAGCCGCAGCCAACGAACUCGGUGUCGACACAGAAAUUAUCAAGACAUGGAUUGGUAACCGCAGAAGGAAGUACCGUUUGAUGGGCAUUGAAAUACCUCCACCUAAAGGAGGGCCGGCCGUUUUCUCCAGUCAAAUUGGAGGCAGCUCACCUCACAUGCUUGAAGAGCAUUACACUUCAGAAGACGGCAGGGAACACGAUGUUGUGUCGCUCUGUUUGUCUGAUGAUGGAGGCAGUGAUUUCUUUCAGAAAGACAAUGAUGUGAAUGAAGAAUCAGACAGCAGCACUCCUGCUAAAAAUGUGAAGAUUGAAAUCAUGGAUGAUGAUGAAGAUGAUGAUGACGAAGAUGAUGAUGAUGAUGGUGAGGACAUGUUGACCACUGAAAUGGAGCAGAUUCAGAACCUCUUAGAGUUCAAGAAUGAAGAAGUGCAGUUCCUGGAGAACGAGCUGCAGAACCAAAAGCAAAGGUUCUCAAAACUGAAGAGUUUCACUAAAAGCCUGCUGAUAGCUGUGAAGAACAACGAUCGAUACAGACAGCAGGAGCUGUUAGCCAGUCUACCUCAGAAAGGGCAUGAGGACUGGGGUCUGGAGAACCACAUGGAGACCACGUCCAUCCAGAAAGAGUCCUCUGUAUCAGAGCGAGAUGCAGACAUAGAGCCGAUGAGACUGUAACCUCCUCUCUUGUUACACACCCUACACAGUGCCUGUGGAAACGUACCAAUAACGCUAAAGGACUUGCAAGCAAUUUUCUCCAGUGUAUCAGACUGCCUCGGCUGGGUCCAUUCCUGUCAAAUAAAUGCCACUGAA